UGCGCUUGUUGUUCACGCGUCAUCAGUCUGCGUGUAACUGAAGAAAAGAGCGAAUACCGCACAGUAUCGGCACAAUUAUCAAACAAAUUGAGGGUUUUAUUAAAGUAGGUGGAAUAUGUGUGAAGGACCUUCAACGAUCUCUGGGCCCAUCCCUCCAGACCCCACACUGUUUCCAGAAUACUACAAACGCCCGUUUUCUGCUUGUGGCCGCCUCGAGGGGAACUCUAAGAAUGGGUCUCCGACUCUUCUGAAGGGUCCUUUAGCACCAGAUCCUGUGAUGUAUCCGGGGUUCUACAGCGCUCGGGUCACCCCUCGACCCCGCAUCGGUGCUAACGCUACUGACAUCCUGGAGAGAGGCCGGGGAGGAGUGAUGGGCAAUUUACUGAAACUGGAGGGAGUCUCACUGAUUCCCAAUCAAAGCAAACCCAAAUCUGCCGCACGGGACUUUGGUAAAGAGAAUGUCCGUAAACUCCGUGAAAUCCAGAGACGGUUUCGAGAGCUGGAGGCACAGAGAGAACACGCCAAGCCUGUCCCUGUUAAAGCACUCUGGACCUCACCGAAAUAUCAGGAUGUGUCCUCCAGGGUCAUGGCACAGUUACAGGAGACGAGCACCCCUAAGAAAGCAGAUUGUCAGAAGUUUCUGAAAGCUCAUUCUUUAUGUGGCGCUGGAGGUCGACCGCUGCUCCGGUGCUCAGACACUGGGCCCACACCGGACGUUGCUGGAGAUGUUGAAAUGCAGGUCAGAGGUCACACGGUGGAUUUCGUGAGUCAUAACGCGCGUGCUGCGAGGAAGACGACCUUGCGGCGAUCUCAGUCCUUGCAGGACCUCAGAGACAAACCUCCGCCCAGCGCUGAGAAAGGAAAAGUUCCACAGUAUCUGGAGCAGAGGAAGAUUCAGUGGAAAAAAGAGGAGGAGGAGAAGAGGAGAAACACGCGAGAUCCUUCCAUUCCUGCUGGACACACACAGAUGUCUGAUCGAGAGAGACUGGAAACCCUGCAGUCUCUUAAAGACACUCACAGGUCUCUUGUGAGCGAGCUGCUCUCUCUCCAAGUGAAAGCAGACACAGUGAGCAUUCGCUCUCGACGUGCACAACUCGACCAACGUCUCUCAGAAGUGGAGGAAGCCAUCAAAAUCUUUUCACGUGACAAAGUUUAUGUGAAAAUUGACUCGUAAACACAGAACACUGCAUUUAUUUUCACUGCAUUAUUGGUUUGUUUGAAAUGGCGUAGAAUAAUUUUUCACUGUUUUGUAAACAUGAAUUGUAUUGUUUUUUAUUGUUGUAAUUUAGUUGUAUCGUAAACAUUGACUGCAGCACUUGUGCUAACCAGAUAACUCUUUUGAAUGUAUUUGUUUAUCAUGGUAUUAGUAGAAUAUUUAUUUUGAAUAGCUUUAAAGUUAUGUAUUGAAUUUUAGUAUUACAGAACUGAUGUGACAGUGGUGCUUGUUUUGAAGAUCACAUUAAACAAGAAAGAUAUUUGUGAGAAUGUUGGCCGUUUUCAGGUCUGUGAUAUCAUCCACCAUAGUAGGAAAAAAUAUAUAUAUAUAUAUAAAUGUAUUUAUAAAUAUAUAAUGUACUGUUGAGCACAAAGUGAGAUUUUUGAAGAAUUUAGGCAAACAAACAGUUCUGGAGCACCUUUGACUACCAUUAAUUUUUCCUACUAUUGCAGUCAAUGAUGUCACAGAAUUGAAAAUGGCUAACAUUCUUCAAAAUAUCUUUCUCUGUGUUCAUCAGAACAAAGUGAGUUAUACAGGUAUGAAAUGACAUGAGGCUGAGUGAAUGAUGACAGAAUCUUAAUUUUUGGGUGAACUACCACUUUAAGGUCGUUUAAUUUUAUCAAGUAAAUCACGUCAUGUACAAACAAAUGAUACUAAUUCAAAUUACAAUUUAUAAACAAAAAUAAAUAAAUACAAAUUGGUAAAAAAGA